UGUUUAGAGUCUCGCGAGAUCUCAAUGAGUGGAGUGGCUGGCAUAGGAGUGGAUCUAGAAUUAAAUGAGCUGCUACGCGAAGCAUGCCUUGUGAGACCAAAUCUCGGUUUGUGGUCCUGUACGGCUCUCAAAAGGGCCAGGCCCAGUCCAUUGCAGAGGGGAUUGCUGAAGAGGCAGAGGACCACGGGUUGGUUGCUGAACUGAGCUGUUUAAACCAAGACGAGAAGUACAAUUUGGAGAAAGAGAUCGCCCCUGUAGUCUUUGUCGUCUCUACCACUGGCGAUGGGGAACCGCCCGACAACGCGCUCCAAUUUGUCAAGAGAAUCAACAAGAACCAAUCUCCCGACCACUAUAAACACCUUUCUUAUACACUUUUGGCUUUAGGAGACACAAAUUAUGCUAAUUUCUGCAACUGUGGGAAGACAAUUGAGCGUAGACUGCAGGCACUCGGAGCCAGGCAGUUCUAUCCAGCUGGAUUCGCAGAUGACGGUGUGGGGUUGGAACUGGUUGUGGACCCGUGGCUUGAAGGACUUUGGAAAGCCGUCAAAGAGGCUUCAUCUAAAAUGGCUUCCGUGAGGAAUGAUGAGUCUGAAGCGAACGUGAAAGAUUCAGCAAAGGAAUUUCUGGGUUUAACCCAACCGGAUGUGCAGCUAAACCUGUUAAGCAUCACUGAUCAGCGGAGCCAGGAAGCCGUUCAAACGGACUUUCAUAAUGUGCCUUCGGCUCCAUCUACCUCUUCUGGUCAAAACCCAAGCACUUUUUCAGGAAGGACUGAGUUUGUAUCCCAGAAUGAUGCUAUGCAGACAAAGGAUGAGGGGAUUCCCCACAUUUCCUCGUCAUCUCCCCUGACAAACUCUGUGCCGCCGCUUUCCCAGUCUUCUCUUAAUGUUCCCGCUCUGCCCCCUCCCUUUUUGGAUGUUACGUUGGUGGAGGUGGAUGCCCCAGAACAGAAUGUUGGACCGCUAAAAGAGACUUUCCAUGAGGUUCCCAUAUCUAAGGCAGUUCUGCUAAGCAGAGGAGACUCUGUUAAGACAGCUCUCCUACUAGAGCUAGACAUUUCUACUUGCCCAGCAUUGACCUACCAGCCCGGGGAUUCUCUGGAUGUGCUCUGCCCAAAUAGGGCGGAAGAGGUGGACUACAUGCUUUGCAGACUGGGGCUUAAAGAUCGAAGGGACCAUCGCGUCCAUGUGGCUUUGAGAAAAGACACAAAGAAAAAAGGUGCUCAUGUGCCGCCACACAUCCCCCAAAAUGUUUCCCUCCUCUUCCUGUUCACCUGGUGUCUGGAGAUCAGAAGUGUUCCUAAGAAGGCAUUUCUGCGAGCGUUGGUGGAGUAUGCGGCGGACGGCACGCAGAAGAGGAGACUGCAGGAGCUGUGCAGUAAACAAGGUGCUGCCGACUACAACCUGCAUGUGCGAGACGCCAGCCUCAGUGUUGUGGAGCUUCUCACAGCCUUCUCGUCCUGCUCCCCUCCGCUCAGCCUCCUGAUAGAGCAUUUGCCAAAAUUGCAACCCAGACCUUAUUCAGCGGCCAGCUCCUGCCUCAGACACCCAGGAAAGCUGCAUUUCGUCUUCAGCGUGGUGGAGCUCCCAGCGUGUUUUGGGAGGCCCGCGGGGAGGCGAGGCUUGUGCACCGGCUGGCUGUUUGACCUCAUCCAUCCUGGCAUAGUUUUCCCCGGGAAGACGGAAUCCUCCAGCAGCCCAGCUCCAGCCAAAGCAAUCCAUGUGAGUUUGAGGCCCAGUUGCUCCUUCCGGCCUCCCUCUGAGCAGUCGGUGCCUUUUAUCAUGGUUGGACCCGGGACCGGAGUCGCUCCUUUCAUUGGCUUCCUACAGCAAAGAGAGGAGGCGAGGAAGAGGAACCCAGAGGCGGUGUUCGGGGAAACCUGGCUGUUCUUUGGUUGCCGCCACAGAAACGGAGACUACCUGUUCAGACCUGCUUCAAACAGGAAGUUUGUGUUGCCAUUUUCUUCUGUCUCAAUCACUACUGUCAGUUCAAAUCAGAUUAGCAUAAUAUUACAGAAAGUGCUGCCCACAGCUAAUUUUUUUACGUGAUUAUUUCUGUUGUUUGGCUGUUGUUGAGAUUUUGACUGCCUUAUUGUGUGUAUUUUAUUCACAUGAGCCCCUCUUACACCUCUGUGAUUGGCACCUCUUUCAACAACAGAUGUUUGUCAUUUUUCCACAUUGAAAUAAAGUUUGAUCAAGCUCCACUUUAGUCGCUACAAAGUGAUAUGACUGCGCAGACAUUUUUUGUUUUUAUUUUUUGCUCUGAUUAGUUUGUUUUUGGCUUUACCCUCUUUGGGCUUCAUGCUAAUUGGUCAGCUCGCGUUAGCAGCAAGCAUGUGCUGCACGGCGGUGCAGCAGUCGAGUUCUCCUGCAGGAUUAAAGCGUGUGAAUGGAUUAGCAUCCUUAAUCACACAAGAAUAGAUCACAGAGGAUGUUGUUUGUUCCCCUCUGUUUCCUCUAUCCCCUCCUUAAAUACGCUCUCACAGCCAGGUGGUGGGUAGCGUUUGUUCACAGUUAGGGUGUCUCUGAUGAAUACCCCCUCAGAGUUGACCAAAGUGAUUAGUCUGGGUUUUAUGAGCCACCCAUGAAGAGUUGUACUCUAUUUAAAUAGGUUAGCAGAAUGAGAACAACAUGCCAGCAGUUGAAUUGGCCGCCUGCAUAAAUCUCUGUGGGAUUUCUCUUAAAGUAAGUGCAGUUUCAACUGUAAAAAUCUGCUCCUUGUCGCUUUUUUUUUUUUUUGUCCGAGUGUCUGACUUCCAUCAAAAAGGAGCAUUUCUCUUCAAACCUCUUUGCUUUCUCUUAUUUCUGCCUGCUUUCUCACUCUUUGGUGAAUCCUGAUCGCCCGUGAUGGGGUCCAAGUUCGGCCACAGACUCUGCUUGUGUCCUAUAACACAGUAAAGGCUGGCAGCUCAUUGCUCUGAGACCCCCGUCUGUUAUGUGUCCCUAAGAAGUCAUCUGGCCUUUUUUCAUCUGCCAGUUUCUGUCCUCCUUUUUUUUAUUUGCUAACCCCUUUUUUUUUGUACUGUUAAAACAGACUUUGUAAUUCAAGAUGGUCAGACAUUUUUAUUUAUUUAUUGUCGUGCAAAGAAAUGUACUAAAUUGUAAACAAUCUUUCAAAAAAACAAGGGUAAUAUGAGACCUCUCUUCUGUUAGCAUUCUCAGCACAGCGUCGUUGUGUUAUUUAGAAAAAAAAAAGCCUUACUUUAGUUGAGGGGUUAGUGAAAAACACACUCCCCGAGGCGAGACCUUCACCCGUGAUCUCAGAGCCGCGGCUGGUUAUGUUCCUAUUUGGCUGUCUGUGUGUGCUCUGUGAUCAUCCAGACUGCUUAAGUUUAAACAAGAUGCUCUGAGCCACAGUAAACCUCACUCCUCCACCAACAAAGUCUCCUUCCCUCCCUUUCAACAGCACCCCAGGCCCUUUAAAAUGAUGAGGCAUGAAGAAAAAAGAAAAAAAAAUUGAAGUAGUUGGCAAGCAGAAAACUUGCAGGGAGGAAGGUUACACCCAGCUGGAAGGCUGGGAACAUUGAUUAGAAAAAGAGUUAUAACAGUGAUAGGAGCAUUCACAAAAGCCUCACCUUCACCAGACAGUCAGCCACCUGACACAUUUUGGACCAGACUUUUUGCUCUGUGGUGACCAGCUUUCAGGUGAGACUAGGUGGAGUAUUUUGAGAGAAAUCAGGCGGAAAACAGUCAGAAAUAAAGGAGCUGGACCAUGAAAAUGUUGAUUUAACUACUGAAUCCCAUCGGUCCUAAACAGGAAAGGCCUGGUUCUCCCUGCGAGUGGGUCAGUUGGAUCAUGAACGUGUGUUUGAAUCUCUUU